AUGACCUUCUCAGUCAUGGUUAUUGUAAAUUUUAUUGGGAACUCCCUAGUAAUCUCUGUGGUUUUGCUGAACAAGUCCAUGAAGACGCCUAUCAAUUAUCUCCUGAUGAAUUUAGCCGUGGCUGAUAUGAUUGUGGCGUUAUUCUCCAGUGUGCAGUUUAUCAUUUCACCGGCCAUAUCACACCCAACUGGAGCCAAAGGGACACUGCUGUGUAAGUUCUUAACAGGAGGGAACCCCGCUUGGAUAGGUGCAAUAGCUUCCAUAUUUUCCUUAAUAGCUCUUGCUUUUGAACGCUACUGCGCUGUCCUGCAUCCUCACAGUAUACGACUUAAACUCACCAAGAGGAAAAUCCUGCUUUUGAUCAUCUUGUGCUGGUUUUUCUCUGUUGUCUUUACUAUUCCAGGCUUUUGGUGGAUGGUCUUCUUUCCAGGUACAAACACUUGCGGUCACAAGUGGACGAAACAAGUGUACGCGGAGGUUUACACGAUAGGUUGGACGAUUCUUGCUGGUUUGAUCCCUGUCAGCGCUAUGGCAGGGUUGUACUCAAGAGUGGUCUACCGUUUGUGGUUCACAAAAGAUACAACUACAGAAGCAUCCCAGAGGGCCAUACUUCGUUGUAGAAAGAGAGCUACAAAAAUGGUUAUUGCAGUGACGUUCAUAUAUGUUCUAUGCUGGGUUCCUGAGCUUUCAAUCUAUUUCCUGGGAUUUACUGGGCUUAUGAAACUAACAUAUCUUCAUCGCGGUAUUGCGUUGAGUUUGAUCGUUUUCAAUUCAAGUAUCAAUCCCGUGAUAUACAGCCUCCAGAGCAGCACUUUCAGACGCCAUGUAUCUGACCUUAUUCGUUGCAAACAAACCAAAAAUCGCAUUUUCCCAGGCGGCAACAGUACAUCACAAACGCGCUAA